CUCUCUGACUCUUUCUUUCUCUUUCUUUCUCUCUGUCUCUCUCUCUCAGUCAGUUCAGCUGUCUGCUAGUUUAACGGGUAGUGUUGCCGGUGAUUGCAUCAUCGCAUCCCUCCCACCGUAGAUCUGCUUUGUGCCACCGGAGAGGAACUCCGCAGUGUGAACCUUUUGCACCUGGUAUUUCGUUUGUGUCAACAGUGACCAGAGCCACCAUGGAAAUCGAGGCACCAACAGCAUCGAUGGAUCCCAAGUUUAAGGAUGGUAUCGUCGUCCGCGCUGGUGAAACGUUUGUUAUCCGAGCGGAUAUCCUGGGGACGCCACUCCCCAGAGUCAAGUGGUUAAAAGACGGAAAAGAAAUUGAUAAAACCGCCCCGAGAACGGAGGUCGUAAAAACGUUUGAACGUACCGUUCUAACAGUUCUAGAUUGCGUCAGAGUGGACGGCGGACAGUUCGUCCUGAGUCUCAGCAAUGUGGCCGGAAAGAAAGAUAUACCUGUCAAUGUUAAGGUUCUUGAUAGACCUGGUCCACCUGAUGGGCCAUUGAAGAUAACUGGUGUGACUGCAGAGAAAGCCACGCUGCACUGGAGUCAUCCGUUACAAGAUGGCGGUGCCAGUGUUUCCCAUUAUAUCAUUGAAAAGAGGGUAACCAACCGCGUGUCAUGGACUGUAGUCCAACCGGAAACCCAAGCAGUCAGCUACAAAGUGACUAAACUUGUACCCGGCACUGAGUACAUCUUCAGAGUGAAAGCGGUGAAUAGGUUUGGCACUGGUGAACCUCUUGAAUCAGACCCGGUUACUGCAUGUUGUCCUUUCAAGCCGCCCAGCUCUCCUUCCACACCUGAAGCAAGCGCUAUAACAUGCGACUCAAUGGUCCUUACAUGGAAUCGUCCAGAAAACGAUGGUGGCUCAGAAAUAGAUGGCUAUAUCGUUGAAAAACGCGAUAAAGACGGUGUUAGAUGGACAAAGUGUAACAAGAGAAGACUUAACGAUAUUCGGUUCAGAUGCACCGGACUCGCAGAGGGGCAUUCCUACGAGUUCAGAGUAUCUGCUGAGAAUUCUGCUGGCGUGGGAGUGCCAAGUGUACCAACAGGAUAUAUCAAAGCUUGUGACCCCUUAUAUCCACCAGGUCCACCUUACAACCCUAGGGUGACAGACCAGUCAACCACAACCGUGUCCAUCUCAUGGACAAAGCCCAUCUAUGAUGGCGGAGCAGCCAUCAAAGGAUAUGUUGUUGAGAUGAAGGAAGUAACGGAGGAAGAGUGGACAGCCUGUACACCGCCAACUGGUGUUGAAGAAACACACUUCACUGUGAAAAUGCUGAAGGAGAAUGGAGAAUACAACUUCCACGUCUAUGCGAUUAACACUGAAGGAGUUGGGGAACCCGCUGAUGUACCAGGGACUGUAGUUACAUCUGAAAGACUUGAGGCACCUGAGAUCGAACUAGAUUCAGACCUUAGGAAAAUGGUGUCAGUUCGGGCGUGUGCGACACUGCGUCUGUUUGUCCCGUUCAAAGGAAAACCUCAACCUGUAGUCAAGUGGUCCAAGACGGAAGGUCCUCUUACUGAGCGUGCACACAUUGAGGUCACAAGCACCUACACAGUCCUUGUCAUCCACACUGUCAACAGACUUGACACUGGCAAGUAUGCGUUGACUCUUGAGAACGUCAGCGGUAUGAAGUCUGCUUUCGUUAAUGUCACAGUGUUGGAUUCACCAAGUGCCCCCGAGCACUUUGAAGUCAAGGACAUUACUAGAGAUUCUGUAUCACUAUCCUGGGAGCCUCCACUGAUUGACGGCGGAGCUAAGAUCACACAUUACAUUGUGGAGAAGAGAGAAGCUCAAAGACGAGCCUUUACCAGUGUUUCCGAGAACUGUGGAAGAAAUAGAAUGAAGAUUGACAACCUCAUAGAAGGGGGACUUUAUUACUUCCGUGUACGAGCUGUUAAUGAGCUCGGUGUGGGUUUGCCAGCGGAAACACCAGAACCAAUCAAGGUAUCCCAAGCUCCUUUGCCUCCUGGUAAAGUCGCUGUUGUAGAUGUUACUCACGACAGUGUGAGUCUGUCGUGGGAAAAGCCUGACGACGACGGUGGAAGCAGAAUCAAAUGCUACGUAGUGGAAAUGCAAACCAAGAGCGAUGACAAAUGGACUGUGUGUACUGAGAUACGGGGAUUGAGAUCAACUAUUGAUGGACUCUUGACAGGUGAGGAAUAUUCAUUUAGGAUUAGUGCGGUCAAUGAAACAGGCAAGAGUGAACCUAAGCUACUGGCAGAGGCUGUCGUAGUAAACGACGACACAGUGGAACCCAUCAUAGAUCUGAUGUGCAACACAUUCAGUGUCAAGGCAGGAGACGACCUGAAGAUCGAUGUUCCGUUUAGAGGCAGAACUGAACCUGAGGUUUCAUGGAACAAAGAUGGUGUUGAAUUGAAGGAGACAACCAGGGUUAGCUUUCUAACGUCUAAUAACUCGUCACUAAUCACUAUCAGAAACACAACCAGGGAGGAAUCAGGGAACUAUGAGAUCACCUUAAGCAACACAGUUGGUAGAAAAUCAGCCAUACUAGCUGUUGUCAUCUUGGAUAAACCUGGCCCACCUGGUGCAAUCAAGGUAGAUGAGGUCAACGCUGACUAUAUUUCACUGUCUUGGGAUCCCCCACUCUACGAUGGUGGAUGUCCAAUCACCAACUACGUAGUAGAGAAGAGAGAUACUACCACUACAUCAUGGAAGACUGUUUCAUCCACAGUUGCCAGAACAUCUAUUAAGGUUCCUCGUUUGACACAAGGCACUGAAUAUCAGUUCCGAAUUGCAGCUGAAAACCGUUACGGCGUGAGCCAUGCUGUGGAGUCCGCUUCCGUUGUUGCACAGUACCCCUUCGAGAAACCUGGCCCUCCCACUACCCUCCGUGUUGCCCAGGCUACAAAGUCCUUCAUGUUGGUUACAUGGAAUGAACCAGCCAGGGACGGUGGAAGUCCAAUCAUCGGUUAUCACCUGGAAAUGAAGGACUACAGCAGUAUUCGCUGGACAAAGACUAACAGAGGACGUCUCAUCGCUGAAACAGAAUUUAAAGUGAAUGGGGUUGAAGAAAGCUUGCAGUAUGAAUUCCGUGUUGCUGCUGAGAAUAUUGCUGGCGUUGGGCCGUACAGCAAAGCCACUGAGCCUAUAGCUGCAAGAGAUCCGUGUGAUCCUCCUGCUAACCUUACAGUCACAGACAUCACAAGAUCUUCCAUUUCUCUCACUUGGUCGAAGCCAGAGAAUGACGGUGGAGCCAAGGUGACUGGCUACAUUGUUGAUCGCAGGGAGCUUCCAGAUGGUUGUUGGCUGAAGUGCAAUUUCACCAAUCUCCAGGAAACUUGCUAUGACAUUGAAGGUCUUACGGAGGACAUUCAAUAUGACUUCCGCGUUAUUGCAAAGAACUCUGCUGGAGUACUCAGUGAGCCGUCGCAAUGCACAGGUGCCGUCACAGUCAAGGAUAACGUUGUUCUACCUCGCAUUGUCUUGGAUGACAAGUAUAAGAAAUUAGUCCUUGUCAAAGCCGGAGAUGUUCUGAGAAUCGAUGCAGAUAUUUCUGGGCGCCCACGUCCAGUCAUUUCCUGGUCAAAAGAUGGUGAAAGGAUUGAGAUCAAGGCAAGAAUAGAGAUCACAUCAACACACACCACCACCACAUUACUAGUCAGAGACGCUAUCCGAAGAGACUCGGGUCAGUACACUGUAACAGUGCAGAACAUUGCUGGUACAAGGUCCCUGUGUGUAAACUGUAAGGUUCUUGACCGCCCUGGACCGUCCUCUGGGCCAUUGGAUGUGACUGGUCUGACCGCAGAGAAAUGCACUUUGACCUGGGGACCACCUCAAGAAAAUGGUGGUGCGGAAAUUCUGCGCUACAUAGUGGAGAAAUGUGAAACCAGUCGUGUCACCUGGACUUCAGUAUAUGAAGACACGAAGGCUACAACAUGCAAGGUCACCGGUCUGCGUAAAGGAAAGGAAUACAUCUUCAGAGUAAAGGCAGUGAAUGAAUAUGGAGAAGGUGAAGCCUUGGAGAGUGAGCCAACCAAGGCCACAGAUCCAUUCACUGUCCCUGCUGCACCGACAGAUGUUGAAAUCACCAGCAUAACAAGUGAGACGAUGACAAUCUGCUGGAAAAGACCGGAGUCCGAUGGAGGAAGCAGCAUUUCUGGCUACGUUAUUGAGAAACGAGAGAAAUCAGGAAUGCGCUGGGUACAGGUGAACACGAAACCUGUGAAUGACCUUAGGGUCAAGGCAUCCAAUCUCUGUGAGGGAUGUGAGUAUGAGUACAGAGUCUAUGCAGAAAAUGUUGCAGGCUCGAGUCCCCCAAGUAUUCCUUGCAAACUGACAAAAGCAGAGGAUCCACAAUUCCUGCCGUCCCCACCAGCUAAACCCAAAGUCAUUGACUCGACCGAGACUUCUGUAACUCUUUCAUGGAAUAAGCCGUUGUUUGAUGGGGGAGCUGCUGUAACAGGAUACUGUGUUGAAUAUAAGAGAACGGAUGAGGAGGACUGGUGUGUCAGUGUUUCAAACACAGAGAACACUGAAUCCACUGUCGUUGGUUUGACACCUGGUGCAGAAUAUAUAUUUGUUGUCAAAUCCAUCAACAAGAUUGGUGUCAGUGAGCCAAGCCCUCCUACUGAUCCACAAGCAGCUGAGGACCGAGAAGAAGAACCACAGUUUAAUAUCAGCAAUGAGAUGCGAAAGACUCUUCUUGUAAAGGACGGCAGUUCAUUCACCUUAACAGUGCCGUUCAGCGGCAAGCCUUUUCCUAACGUUAUGUGGGACAAGGCAGAUACUGACCUGAGAGUGAGGGCCAGUAUUCAUACCACUGAUACUGUCACGUCUAUCACGGUGGAUCAAGCAACAAGAGACGACUCUGGAAAAUAUACAGUAACUUUACAAAACGUUGCUGGAAAAGUCACAUGUACGUUAAAUGUCAGGGUUCUUGACUCUCCUGGUCCACCGUGCCGUGUUGGGGUCAAGGAUGUUACCAAGAGCUCUGCCACAGUUGCCUGGGAUACCCCAGAGAACGAAGGUGGUGCUGCUGUCACCAACUACCUUGUUGAUAUUCGUGAGGUGAACAACAAGGGAUGGACCAGAGUCACAGAUUCAUGUCCUCGUCUGACCUACAGAGUGUCAGAUCUACAAGAGGGAGGUGUGUACUACUUCAGAGUCACUGGUGAAAACCAAUAUGGAACCGGCUUGCCAGCUGAGACCAAAUACGGAGCAAUGAUUACAGAAAAACCAAGCCCGCCACAAACCAUCGAAGUCACCGAGAUCACCAAGGAAAGCGUGUCCUUGUCAUGGAUUAAGCCCGAGGAUGACGGAGGGAGCAGAAUCAGCAGUUAUCGUGUCGAUGCUCUCGAGAACGGUCAGGAUAAAUGGGUGAAGUGUGGCGUCACCAAGACCGCCCACUUCGUGGUGUACGACCUGAAGGAAGCUACUCAAUACUUCUUCAGAGUUCGUGCUGAAAACCACGCUGGAUUCAGUGACCCUACAGAAAUGGCUCUCCCUGUGUUAGUUAAAGGGCAACUUGAACCUCCUGAAAUGAACAUGAACAAGUUUCCUGACAAUAUGGUCUACGUCAGAGCAGGAUCGAACCUAAAAUGCCAGAUCCCACUUACUGGGAAACCUGCGCCAAAGAUUUCUCUUUCAAAGGACGAUGUCGUGUUGAAGUCAACGAUGAGAUUCAACUCUGAAGUAACUCCUGAAUAUCUUAUCAUCAGUCUUCGUGAGAGCACUGCUACUGAUUCAGGAAGGUACGACAUAUGUGCCUCCAACACCAGCGGAGCCUCCAGGUCUUUUGUGACCAUCGUGGUCCUGGAUAGACCCAGCGCCCCAGUUGGUCCUAUUGGAAUGUCUGAGGUGACCGAGGACAGCGUGAGUCUGACGUGGCUUCCUCCUCGGUAUGACGGCGGAAGUCCCGUCACAAACUACAUCAUAACCAAACGAGAAACGACAAACGCCGACUGGACCGAAGUCUCCUCGGUCGUUGUGAAAUGCACGAUGAAAAUCAUGAAGCUCAUAACAGGACUGGAGUACCAGUUCAGAAUCAGGGCUGAAAAUCGCUACGGCAUCAGUGAGUACAGCGACUCUGCAACCGUCAGAGUGGAUCUCAACUACACCGUCCCUGAAUCUCCGUCAGCCCCUAUCGUCACGUCUGUGACCAGAGAAAGCGUCACCGUCGCCUGGACGGAGCCGAACUGGAAUGGAGGGAGACCAGUCGUUGGAUACCGUCUUCAGAUGAAGGACAAGAACAGCAUCCUGUGGCAGACGGUCAACAAAACCGUUAUCCGUGCCACACACUUCAAAGUGACCAACGUCAUCGUUGCCGGUCUCGUCUAUGAGUUCAAGGUGGCAGCGGAAAACGCAGCUGGGUGCAGUCCCCUGAGCAAGACCUCAGACGCUGUACUGGCCAUUGAUGCUUGUGAGCCUCCGACCAACGUGCGGAUCACUCACAUCAGAAAGUCCUCCGUCAGACUUGAAUGGCUGAAGCCUACUUACGAUGGUGGUAGCAAGGUAACGGGAUACCUGGUUGAGAAGAAAGAGGGAGAAGGAGACAGGUGGACGAAGGCCAACUUAACCAACGUUUCCGACACUCACUACACCGUGACCGAGCUGAACGACUGUGUGGUUUACGAAUUCAGAGUGGUGGCUAAGAAUGCAGCGGGAUCGGUCAGUAAUCCGUCCGUCACUGCCGGCCCGGUGAUGUGUGUGGACACGGACGCUUACGAAGGAGAUUAAGAUGGUUUUAUGUGAUUUGUUUAAUUGUCAGAGGCUUUGCUAGUAUUGUUGUGAAAAGUGGUCGAAGUCGUUCAAUUGGCAUUUUGUUUUGUUUUUCUUUAAAAGUUGACAUUUACGUAAUUGAUGUGGUUACUGAAAUAGCUAUUUGUUUUGAUUUGGUAGACGAUAUUUCUGUUCUGAUAGCUGAUUUUAAUAGCAGAGUAGAUUUGAUAUGCUUCAACUAUUGUCUGACUUGUUGGGAAAGUGGUCAGAAUGGUUGAUUUGUGGGCGUAAAUCACAGUGUUAACAGAAUGGUUGAUUUGUGGGCGUAAAUCACAGUGUUAACAGAAUGCCUAGUGGUUAGAGUGGAGGGACGGCAGGUAGACUAGUGGUUAGAGUGGAGGGACGGCAGGUAGACUAGUGGUGAGAGUGGAGGGACGGCAGGUAGACUAGUGGUUAGAGUGGAG